UAAUGGAAUAAUAACAGUUGGCUAGUGAAUCAUUAGCAUCAUAUUUUGGAAAUAUCUAUGAUCAAAGAAUACUAAUCUCCAUCUAUGUAUUAUUUCCCAUCAUUUUGAUAUUCUUCUUUCUAAGUCUUAGGUAAUCAUUUUAUAGAUUUUUAGAGAUUUGGAAAGACUUGAGAAUUAAGAGAAAUAUGACAUGACACAUUCUCAUUAUUAGCCAAAUAUUUAUCAUAAUUUAGUUCCUUUAUGGACUAAAUAAGGAAUUGAAAAUUUGAAAAAUGAUGAACGAUAUAUAUAAUGGCAAUUGCAAAAAGAGAGAGAAUUAGAGAAAAUGUCAUAAGAAUCGAGCAAACUGUCAUUUCGAUAAUAAUAAUAAUGAUA